CCGCCCUAAGGAUCGCGGCGGCAGGAGGCGCCCAGCAGCAGCCGCCGCCAUGCGGGGACAGGGGCGAGGCGACGACUUCCGACAGCAAAGCCGAGCUCUUCCGCCGCCUCGGUCCCGGCCCCUCCUCGGCCAGAAGCGCCUCCCCGACACGCGCUUCCGUUCCCGGCACCAAGCACCGCCCCCCUUCCCCGGUGGAGCGCGGGGAGGCUGCGCUUGCUUACCCAGUGGGGGCUCCCUCCCGCUCUCGCGCGCCUGCCUGCACUUCAGCGCCAUGAGGCCCAGGUGAGCCUCUCCACCUGAGCUGCACCUUCCUGUUGUCUGCUCCAGCCCACUCUCCGAGACGGGGGAGUUUGGAAUCCCUCUGGAAGAACUCUUUGCUGCAAGGGCAGAAGAAUGAGUGGGCAGCGUGUGGAUGCCAAAGUUGUGAUGCUGGGCAAAGAAUAUGUGGGCAAGACCAGCUUGGUGGAAAGAUAUGUUCAUAACCGCUUCCUUGUGGGGCCCUACCAGAAUACAAUAGGUGCUGCAUUUGUGGCCAAAGUCAUACCAGUGGGAGGCCGGACGGUGACUUUGGGCAUUUGGGAUACGGCUGGCUCGGAAAGGUACGAGGCUAUGAGCCGGAUCUACUAUCGUGGGGCAAAAGGUGCCAUUGUAUGUUAUGAUCUUACUGAUAGCAGCAGUUUCCAGAGAGCAAAAUUCUGGGUGAACGAACUGCAGAACUUUGAGGAGAACUGCAGGAUCUAUUUAUGUGGCACCAAGAGUGACUUGCUAGAUGAGGACAGGAGAAAACGAGGAAUUGACUUCCAUGAUGCACAAGACUAUGCUGAUGAGAUCAAAGCUGAGCUGUUUGAAACCUCCAGUAAGACGGGGCAAAACGUAGACGAGCUGUUCAAGAAGGUAGCUGAAGACUAUGUGCAGUUUACUGCAUUUCAAGAAAUGACAGAGGAUAAAGGAGUAGAUCUGAGCCAGAAGACUACGCCCACCUACUUCUACAGCUGCUGCCAUCAUUGAAAUUCUCCUUAGUUCGCCAAAAGCAGUGUUCCUCUUCCUGGGUUUGCAUUGCAGUUCAUGCCCUUGAGAUGGUUCAGAUCUUUUAUUGGCUAUAUGGAACAUUUUGCCCGUUGGCCAUGCAGAGCAUCCCUGGCUGGCACCUCUUCAGGAAGGAGAGAGUACAGCAGACCCAGGUUUUUUGUUGCAUCUACCACAAGCCUUGUUGCCGAGAGACUGGGAUCGCCUUGUGCCCUCCGCCCUUCCAGAGGCUAGCUAAUUAUUGAAGCAUGCCAGGAAUUGUUUUUCCACAACAGGCUUCCUUGCAGAAGACAGCCUGUGCUGACUGUGGUAGAUUCUGCCCUUUGGAAGGUGUUGUGUGAUUCCUUUGCUUUAUUAUUUAAAAUUGGCUUCUAAGUUAUAUAAAUGUAAAUAAAAAUGCAGUGUGGUCCUGUGUUGUUAUAUAGCUGGAGCUAGGACUGUUUUUACACUAAUAGGGAAGCACAUGGUGAAAAUGGGAUUGACCUUCAUCUGCACACACAGCUGGACAGGGAACACUCUGCAUCAGUAGGAAAGAUAUACCUCACUGGGGUUAUACAGAGGACUGUCAAUUUCCAGCAUAGGACAACUCUCUAAGAUAAUCAAGCCGCAAGGGGUGGGGGGAGUUUCAGGGAAGAAACAAAAGUCUGGCCCUGAAAGAGCCUCUCAGGAACUCAAGACCUUUUAUUGGACUAACUUUUGUGGGUGAUAAUAGGCCCAAUCAGAAAGCAUUUUGUUGGGGCUAGUUGUUGGCAUAUGUAGUUAUGUCAUGUUUAUUACUAAUAAGUAGGUGAGAAUGAAGUGCUCUCUCUGAUUUACUUAACUGAUGGUUCUCUGUAAUGCCCAAAUAUGAAUACUUUUCCCGUGAGAAGUUUCAGUAAGACAUUUAUGUCCCACAUCUGCAACAAUGUGCAUGAACUGGAUUACAAUAAAAUCAAAAGUUGGUCUCCCAAACCCCCUCACUUCAGCCAUUUUGCUCUACCUAAAAGGCCAAAUCAAUAGAAUGCUAUGGAUCAGAAAGAAAUCUGAUUCCCACUUAGUAAAUUCUCAUGUUCCCUCUAGGAAUUUUGUUGAAAUUGGAAAGAUACUGUGGCUGCCUAAAGGGAAUUAGGUAAAUUUCCUAAUAGCAUAGAAUGACAGACUGGGAAACAGAAUUUCCAAGCUCCACUUUUCAUUCUCUCUCAUAGGAAAUGUGUGAGAGCCAGGCAGUUUCUCCAGGCAUCCUGAACGGCACCUGAGAUGCACCUGUGCUUCCCUGUUACUUCAUGUUCUAUCUGACAGCCUAUCCUAUUUGGCCUAUUUUUGAAAGGAAAGCCUGGGGCUCCUCUUCCUAGCCUUUUCUCUGAAGUGACAGGUGGGGACUGGUCAACGUCACAGGGAACCAGAACUAGUUUUCCUUCAUCCUACCUCACAAUCAGUGUUCCCUCUAAGCUGAGUUACUGUGAGCUAGCUCACAGUUUUUUAGC